AUGCGGCAAUUACCGAAACAUCAAAGAAACCUCGACAACACAGCCAUCACCUCGAAGAAACACAACCCGGAUUUCCUUAACCCAAAACAAAACCUCAAGACUCGCAAACGCACCCACGUAUUUCAUAAUCCCACCCUUUUAACACGCAACACUGGGCAUUCACCUGGAUCCACGCACCCCCAACAAACAUCAAAAGUCACACACACACAUGACUUCAUAUCACAUGUCCACCCACCCCAUCCCACCCAAACCAUGCGCGUGCCUGUUCCCAAAUCAAAGCACCCAGCCUUUCCCCGUUCUGCAAAGGGAGCAGCAACAGACGCGAUUGGUGAAGUUUUCAUGUAUAGUUGA